AUGCAAGUCUGGUGGCUCGAUGCCAACGUUCCGCUCCCGGCGGAUACGUUAGCAGCGCCCGAAGCCGUGGUGCAGCGAGUAGUGUGGGCAGUCGCCGGCGUGUUUGUCGCCGCUGCGGUAGUGUCGUCUGCCCUGCUGAUCCGAGGGCACCUCCACCACUUUACACAGCCCAACGUCCAGAGCAAGAUUAUCGGCAUCCUGUGGCUCGUGCCCAUCUACGCGACCGACUCGUGGCUGUCCUUGCGGUUCAAAGACGCGGCGCUGUACCUCGACCUGCUGCGCGACUCGUACGAGGCGUACGUCAUCUACCUGUUCCUCGCGCUGCUCAUCGCGUACUUGAGCGACGGCCACGAAGACCGCGUGCAGCAGACCCUGCGCCGCGUCCGCGCGGUGCCCCACCUCUGGCCACUCGACAAAUGGCUACAGCCCAUUGCAAUGGGCCCGGCGUUCCUCCGGGACUGCAAACUCGCGACCAUGCAGUUUGUCGUUGUGAAGCCGCUGAUGGCGCUAGUGGCGAUCGUAUUGGCGCUCAAUGGCCGGUACGAACCGGGCAACUUUAGCGCCACGACGGGCUACGUGUACACGAGUGCGGUCGUGAACGCGUCCAUCACGUACGCGGGCUACUACCUCGUGCUGUUCUACGUGGCGCUCGGGACGCACUUGGCGCCGUACCACCCCGUGCCCAAGUUUCUCUGCAUCAAGGCCGUGCUCUUCCUCUCCUUCUGGCAGAGCGUCGUGCUCGCCUUCCUCUCGCGCUUCCAGCUCAUUCACGAACUCGGGUCCUGGAGCGUCGACAACGUCACGACGGGCAUCCAGAACCUGCUCAUCUGCUUUGAAAUGUUCUUUGUCGCGCUGGCGCACCAACGGGCGUUCCCCUAUAGCCCCUACGUGCAUGGCGACCCGGCGCUCCGGACCAACAUCUUGGCAGACCACCUUGCUCUCGAAGACGCCGUGCGCGACUUUAACGAGGUCAUGCCAGUGGUGCUGCCGACGCCGUUCAAGCCGGGGGCAGCGACGCUGAAGACGACAAAGAAGAAGUACGACGCCGUCCACUCGGAGGACCUGUUCGCGUCGGAGACGAUGGAACUCCUCAGCGCGGAAAGAGCACUGUCGGAUGCCGGGAGCGAGUCGUCGCUCGAGUCGAGAGGGUCGCGAGGCGCCAGCACGGAAAGCAAACAACUCGCGCGCGGCUGGAAGCUGUGA